AUGCUUCGACGUUACACCGCCGCCUCCAAGCGGAGAGAACCGACGCGUGUGGCCCAUCGAGCCCCCCCUGCUCGGUUCGCGUCUUGGGCUCUGCAAAAGGCCCUCGCCAAGACUUCCACCGAGUCCACCAGCGAGAAAAGCAACUGGGUGGAAAAAGUCUUGACGCUGGCCAAUCCUGUUCGUUACUGGAUCGACCAGACCGUCAUUAGCAGUAAUGUGAGCGUAAACGCCGGCUUGGCUCCCAGCUGCCCGAUCGAGCUCGUCUCAGUCUUGGAUCGGCUUGCGCCCGGUUUCGCGCCAAUACCCCAAUUAACCCGGAGGGAGACGUUAGUCGAGGAACAGGAAGCGAGAAGGGCUCUAAAAAGAUAG